GUGCCUUUGAGCUUGCUCACCGGAGCUAACUCCAGCAUGCUGAAGAGGAAGCAGAGCUCCAGGGUGGAAGCCCAACCCGUCACUGACUUUGGGCCUGACGAGUCCCUGUCGGACAGUGCAGACAUCCUCUGGAUUAACAAACCAUGGGUGCAUUCUCUGCUGCGCUUGUGCGCCAUCAUCAGCGUCAUCUCCGUCUGCAUGAACACGCCCGUGACCUUCGAGCACUACCCUCCGCUCCAGUACGUGACCUUCACUCUGGAUACGCUGCUCAUGUUCCUCUACACGGCCGAGAUGAUAGCGAAGAUGCACAUCCGAGGCAUCGUCAGGGGGGAUAGUUCCUAUGUGAAAGAUCGCUGGUGUGUUUUUGAUGGAUUUAUGGUCUUUUGUCUUUGGGUUUCAUUGGUGUUACAGGUGUUUGAAAUCGCGGACAUAGUCGACCAGAUGUCGCCCUGGGGCAUGCUGCGCAUCCCGCGGCCGCUCAUCAUGAUCCGGGCCUUCCGGAUUUAUUUCCGAUUUGAGCUACCAAGGACCAGGAUUACAAAUAUUUUAAAGCGGUCAGGAGAACAAAUAUGGAGUGUUUCAAUUUUCCUUCUGUUCUUUCUACUUCUUUAUGGAAUUUUGGGAGUUCAGAUGUUUGGAACAUUUACCUAUCACUGUGUAGUAAACGACACAAAACCAGGAAAUGUAACCUGGAAUAGCUUAGCUAUCCCAGAUACGCACUGCUCGCCAGAGCUAGAAGAAGGCUACCAGUGUCCCCCCGGAUUUAAGUGCAUGGACCUGGAAGACCUGGGACUUAGCAGGCAAGAGCUGGGCUACAGUGGCUUUAAUGAGAUAGGCACCAGCAUAUUCACAGUGUACGAGGCGGCCUCGCAGGAGGGCUGGGUCUUUCUCAUGUACAGGGCCAUCGACAGCUUCCCACGCUGGCGCUCCUACUUCUACUUCAUCACCCUCAUCUUCUUCCUGGCCUGGCUCGUGAAGAAUGUCUUCAUCGCCGUCAUCAUUGAAACCUUUGCAGAAAUCAGGGUACAGUUCCAACAGAUGUGGGGGUCCAGAAGCAGCACUACCUCAACAGCCACCACGCAGAUGUUUCACGAGGACGCUUCUGGAGGGUGGCAGCUGGUGGCCGUGGAUGUCAACAAGCCCCAGGGACGUGCUCCCGCCUGCCUCCAGCAAAUGAUGAGGUCCUCCGUCUUCCACAUGUUCAUCCUGAGCAUGGUGACCGUGGACGUGAUCGUGGCCGCCAGCAACUAUCACAAAGGCGAGAGCUUCCGGAGACAGUAUGAUGAGUUCUACCUCGCAGAGGUGGCUUUCACAGUGCUGUUUGAUCUGGAGGCUCUCCUGAAGAUAUGGUGCCUGGGCUUCACGGGGUACAUCAGCUCUUCUCUCCACAAAUUCGAGCUUCUACUCGUAAUCGGAACAACUCUUCACGUGUAUCCAGACCUCUAUCACUCUCAGUUCACAUACUUUCAGGUGCUGCGGGUGGUGCGACUUAUUAAGAUUUCGCCAGCCUUAGAAGACUUUGUGUACAAGAUAUUUGGUCCUGGAAAAAAGCUCGGGAGUUUGGUUGUGUUUACCGCCAGCCUCUUGAUUGUGAUGUCGGCCAUCAGCCUGCAGAUGUUCUGCUUUGUGGAAGAACUGGACAGAUUCACCACCUUCCCCAGGGCAUUCAUGUCCAUGUUCCAGAUCCUCACGCAGGAAGGAUGGGUGGACGUAAUGGACCAGACCCUCAACGCUGUGGGACACAUGUGGGCACCUGUCGUCGCCAUCUAUUUCAUUCUCUACCACCUCUUUGCCACGCUGAUCCUCCUGAGUUUGUUUGUUGCUGUUAUUUUGGACAACUUAGAACUUGAUGAAGAUCUAAAGAAGCUUAAACAAUUAAAACAAAGUGAAGCAAAUGCAGACACCAAAGAAAAGCUCCCUUUGCGCCUUCGAAUCUUUGAAAAAUUUCCAAACAGACCACAAAUGGUGAAAAUCUCAAAGCUUCCUUCCGACUUCACUGUCCCUAAAAUCAGGGAAAGCUUCAUGAAGCAGUUCAUCGACCGCCAGCAGCAGGACAGCUGCUGUCUCCUCCGAAGCCUUCCCUCGGCCUCGGCCUCAUCCUGCGAUCACCCCAAGAGAUCUGCUGUUGAAGACAACAAAUACAUUGACCAAAAACUACGCAAGUCUGUUUUCAGCAUCAGGGCCAGGAACCUUCUGGAAAAGGAGACUGCAGUCACUAAAAUCUUAAGAGCGUGUACUCGGCAGCGCAUGCUGAGUGGAUCAUUUGAGGGGCAGCCUGCAAAGGAGAGAUCGAUUCUCAGUGUGCAGCAUCACAUCCGUCAGGAGCGCAGGUCUCUAAGACACGGCUCCAACAGCCAGAGGAUCAGCAGGGGGAAAUCUCUGGAAACUUUGACUCAAGAUCAUUCCAACACAGUGAGAUAUAGAAAUGCACAAAGAGAAGACAGUGAAAUAAAGAUGAUCCAGGAGAAAAAGGAGCAGGCGGAGAUGAAAAGGAAAGUGCAAGAAGAGGAGCUGAGAGAGAACCACCCCUACUUUGAUAAGCCCCUGUUCAUCGUCGGACGGGAGCACAGGUUCAGAAACUUCUGCCGCGUGGUGGUCCGGGCUCGCUUCAACGCAUCUAAAACAGACCCUGUCACAGGAGCGGUGAAGAACACAAAGUACCAUCAACUUUAUGACUUGCUGGGACUGGUCACUUACCUGGACUGGGUCAUGAUCAUCGUCACCAUCUGCUCCUGCAUCUCCAUGAUGUUUGAAUCCCCCUUUCGAAGAGUUAUGCACGCUCCUACUUUGCAGAUUGCUGAGUAUGUGUUUGUGAUAUUCAUGAGCAUUGAGCUUAAUCUGAAGAUUAUGGCAGAUGGCUUGUUUUUCACUCCAACUGCUGUCAUCAGGGACUUCGGUGGAGUAAUGGACAUAUUUAUCUAUCUUGUGAGCUUGAUCUUUCUCUGUUGGAUGCCUCAAAAUGUGCCCGCCGAGUCAGGAGCUCAGCUCUUAAUGGUUCUUCGGUGCUUGAGACCUCUGCGGAUAUUCAAACUGGUACCCCAGAUGAGGAAAGUUGUUCGAGAACUUUUCAGUGGCUUCAAAGAAAUCUUUCUGGUCUCCAUUCUGCUACUGACAUUGAUGCUUGUUUUCGCAAGCUUUGGUGUGCAGCUUUUUGCUGGAAAAUUGGCAAAGUGCAACGAUCCCAACAUAAUUAGAAGGGAAGAUUGUAAUGGCAUAUUCAGAAUUAAUGUAAGUGUAUCCAAGAACUUAAAUUUAAAAUUAAGACCUGGAGAGAAAAAACCUGGAUUUUGGGUUCCGCGUGUUUGGGCGAAUCCUCGGAACUUUAAUUUCGACAAUGUGGGAAACGCCAUGCUGGCAUUAUUUGAGGUCCUCUCCUUGAAAGGCUGGGUGGAAGUGAGGGACGUCAUUAUCCAUCGUGUGGGGCCGAUGCAUGGGAUCUACAUUCACGUUUUUGUAUUCCUGGGCUGCAUGAUCGGACUGACGCUUUUUGUUGGAGUAGUUAUUGCUAAUUUCAAUGAGAACAAGGGGACGGCUCUGCUGACUGUAGAUCAGAGAAGAUGGGAAGAUCUGAAGAGCCGACUGAAGAUAGCUCAGCCUCUUCAUCUCCCACCUCGCCCGGAUAACGACGGUUUCAGAGCUAAGAUGUAUGACAUAACCCAGCAUCCAUUUUUCAAGAGGACAAUUGCGUUGCUGGUCCUGGCCCAGUCGGUGUUGCUGUCUGUCAAGUGGGACGUGGAGGAUCCCGUGACCGUUCCCCUGGCAACAAUGUCCGUGGUCUUCACCUUCAUCUUUGUUCUAGAGGUCACAAUGAAAAUCAUAGCCAUGUCACCCGCUGGCUUCUGGCAGAGCAGAAGGAAUCGCUACGACCUGCUGGUGACGUCGCUGGGUGUGGUGUGGGUGGUGCUUCACUUUGCCCUCCUGAACGCGUACACCUACAUGAUGGGCGCGUGCGUGAUCGUCUUUCGGUUCUUCUCCAUCUGUGGGAAGCACGUAACUCUGAAAAUGCUCCUCCUGACGGUGGUGGUCAGCAUGUAUAAAAGCUUCUUUAUCAUCGUCGGCAUGUUCCUCUUACUGCUGUGCUACGCUUUUGCUGGAGUCGUUUUAUUUGGGACUGUGAAGUACGGAGAGAACAUUAACAGGCAUGCCAAUUUUUCUUCCGCUGGCAAAGCUAUUACUGUGCUGUUCCGAAUUGUCACCGGCGAGGACUGGAACAAGAUCAUGCAUGACUGUAUGGUCCAGCCCCCCUUUUGUACCCCAGAUGAAUUUACAUACUGGGCAACAGACUGCGGAAAUUACGCCGGGGCCCUCAUGUAUUUCUGCUCAUUUUAUGUCAUCAUUGCCUACAUCAUGCUGAAUCUGCUUGUAGCUAUCAUUGUGGAGAACUUCUCCUUGUUUUAUUCCACCGAGGAGGACCAACUAUUGAGUUACAACGACCUCCGCCACUUCCAGAUCAUCUGGAAUAUGGUGGAUGACAAAAGAGAGGGCGUGAUCCCAACGUUCCGCGUGAAGUUCCUGCUGCGGCUGCUGCGGGGCCGGCUGGAGGUGGACCUGGACAAGGACAAGCUCCUGUUCAAACACAUGUGCUAUGAGAUGGAGAGGCUGCACAGUGGCGGCGACGUCACCUUCCACGACGUCCUCAGCAUGCUGUCCUACCGCUCCGUGGACAUCCGGAAGAGCUUGCAGCUGGAGGAGCUGCUGGCCAGAGAGCAGCUGGAGUACACCAUCGAGGAGGAGGUGGCCAAGCAGACCAUCCGCAUGUGGCUCAAGAAGUGCCUGAAGCGCAUCCGAGCCAAACAGCAGCAGUCCUGCAGCAUCAUCCACAGCCUUCGGGAGAGCCAGCAGCAGGAGCUCAGCCGCUUCCUGAACCCGCCCAGCAUCGAGACCACCCAGCCCAGCGAGGACGCGGGCGCCAACCCCCAGGACGGCAACAUGCAGCCCGAGACCAGCAGCCAGCAGCAGCUCCUGAGCCCCACCCUGUCGGACAGAGGGGGCCGCCGGCAGGACACGGGGGACGCCGGGAAACCCCAGAGGAAGUUCGGGCAGUGGCGCCUGCCCUCCGCACCAAAGCCAAUAAGCCACUCGGUCUCUUCGGUCAACUUACGGUUUGGGGGGCGGACCACGAUGAAGUCUGUCGUGUGCAAGAUGAACCCCAUGACAGACGUGGCUUCCUGCGGUUCCGAGGUCAAGAAAUGGUGGACCCGGCAGCUGACCGUGGAGAGCGACGAGAGUGGGGACGACCUCCUGGACAUUUAGGGGGGGUCGCUGUGGCGACGGUCUGUGGUGCAAACUGCUGUUUUCCUCCACUGUCCACAAUCUGUAAAGGACUCAAAUUUAACUCCAAUCUCUUGGGAGUUUUUAAAACUUCGUUUCUGUUCUGCCGUAGGAAAGCAUAAAGCAUAGUCUGUCAAAGCUGUAUGUUGAUGGGUUAUUUCCAUGUAUUGAAGAAAAUUUGCAUAAUGUCAGUAUUGGUGAUAUUAGAAGUGAUACCAGUGUCAGAUGUAGGUGAGUCACAAGUUUUAUCUAUCCUGUCUAUAAACUAAGGUGUAUAGUCACAUAUGCUCAUGUAUUAUUCUCCCACCCCCCUCCCAGCCUCCAGAAAAGGACCCUAAUUCCAGAGUGGCUGAUUUGUACCACCGAGGAGCUGUAGUUUGAGUUCACAUUUUCCCCACAUCCACGAGAAACACUUCUCUUGGGAGAAUCUAUUAUUUGUGAUUGAUCUGAAAAGGUCAGCCCUGAGCUCAUGCUAAAAUGAUAGUAGUUUUACAAACUACACAUUCUGAAUUUUAAAAACUAUAUUCUUUUUUCAUGUUAUUUUUUAAAAAUAGGCACAAGUCCAUCCGUUUCUGCUUUCACCCUGAUGAGAUGUUUCCUUAUAAGACCACGGUGUGCAGGUACUGGGCAAAGAAAUUGCCCCAGAGAAAUAACUGAUUUUACAACAAACUUUUACAUAGAUCAUGUGUGGGCGGGGGCAGGCAUAGUUACUGAAUGAUAUUGAGAUUCUUAAAAAAGUUUUUAACUACUGAGAAUUGCAAAAAGAGGAAAGCUUCAUGAUUCAAUUUAUCGAAACACAUCUCUGAACGUGUGACCCUAUCACGGCUUCCUGCGAACCAAGGCUAGAUCCAUUUUGCCAGAAAUCAACAAAGACGCCUCGUGCGAUCUCCAUCCGCCAUGGUUACGCCAGUCCUGGAAGACUUCCCACUAGCAGAAUCUCCUAGGCGAAAGUUCACUCUGAAACCCCAGCGUGGGUACCCCACCACAGUGUUUGGUUUCCCACGCCAGUGGUGCGCAUCGGCAGGGAGAUCACAGUGCAGCGUCACUACCGAGUACCUGUGGCGCUGAUCUUGGCUCCAGCAAGAAGUGGGAUUGAGUCCUGAAUGGCGUUAUUCUUCACUGGAGGUCCGCUGCUGGGGUUCUUUCUUUUAACAGAGAGAUUAUCUCAGAAUCCCUUGACAGCAGGUUUCUUGAUGAUCUCUUUUUCUCUGUUUAACUUUCUUAAGAUAGCAUUCCUUCUCCUUAACAGAGAUGGCUCUGUGGGCAGUCUAUUGUUGAUAGAACUAAUUGUGAAACUAUGAUAAUGGUCCACUCAAGGCAGCGCCGCUGAAGGGAUUUUCUUUGGUUUUAUGUUCAUUUGAAGUUUACUUUUUGUACAUAAGAAAAUGAAAUAAA